AUGUGCGCCGACCGCCCAAUAGAAAUAGAUAUGAUUGUAGGAAAAGACCGGGAAGGUUUCUUUACCAACGGUUUGACUCUUGGCGCGAAGAAAUGCUCAGUGAUCAGAGAUAGUCUAUACGUCGAUGGUGACUGCACAAUGGACAUCCGGACAAAGAGUCAAGGUGGGGAGCCAACAUACAAUGUUGCUGUCGGCAGAGCUGGUAGAGCAUUGGUUAUAGUCAUGGGAAAGGAAGGUGUCCACGGAGGCACACUUAACAAGAAAGCAUAUGAACUCGCUUUAUACCUGAGGAGGUCUGAUGUGUAAGCAGCCUCUCCCCAUCUACCUAGCAACUGUCUUCAUCAACAACCCUAAUUAUGGUCACAAUGCUACCAAACUAUAGAUGGUAGCUAAUUUUUCUUUACCUAUUUUCUAAUGUCAUGAUUCCUGUUUGCCCAAUGGAUCAUUUGUAUGUUAACCACUGUAUGUAACCAACCCUUAUCUGGCAACAUAAUUGCAGCACAAUAAUGAUUUGCAUGAUACCUUGAAAUUGGGGGGAGGGGGCAUGCCAAGUUGGGCAUCACUUUGUCUUAGCAAUUAAUGGGAUAUUGAUUACUAAAAUAAGUUAAUAUUAAGCAAGGUGCCGGUUGUACAAUCUCUGAUCAAUGUCUUUUCAGCACUUUGAGCAUUUACUUGGCUCAUUUAGUCUUCCUUUUGUAGCGCAUGGUUGGGAGGAAAAAGUGCAUGCAUCUUUCCUUCACUCUUCUCUUUUUCCUGCCCCACCUCCCUUCGCACAUAGGCAUUUGGUUUGCUUCCAUCUUUUUUUAUGCAGUGCCUGUUUUUUUUUAACCAAUUAAUAUCCCUUUUGUUGAUGAGCUAUUGAGAGCUGCAGUAGUUUGCUUUUAGUAUUGUUGUUGCACUUGAGACAAACCUUUAUUCAUAGUGUCUACAGGACAUAUGAAGAGUGCAAUGGCAAAACAAGAGCAAAAAGCACUUCCUCCCAUGACCUUACAGUAAUCAUACUGAUUGACUCCCCAGGGACAUUCCAUCAUUGCAAUAGCUCACAUUUUUAUUCCUGUCUUUUUCUUUGCACACCAGCUCUACUCUUUAGUAAAAUUGUAAAAGGCUGCCAUUAUGGACAUUAGGUAUCCCAACAUAACCAUCUGGAGUGUGUCCAGUUUGUUCUUCAUAGGACCAAUUUUUAUUUGCAGCUUGAGUUUUUAUAUGAAGUUGCAUUAUUGUGGACUUGGCUGUCUUGUGAUGAAUUUUUUUCAUAUGUAUUCUGUGCCAUACUAUUGUUAAAAUGAACCGUUGCUAUUGUGAGAUGGAUUUUAACCGACCUAUUAAGGGUUUCUUUCGAAUGGCACUACUUUAGGGACAUUCUAGUAUUUGCUUCUAUUGUUUGGGCCUUGUGGAUAAUGUACAGAUUUAAAAACAAAUCUUGUUGCUGAUUUGUCCAUUUCUUUCCCUGCACUUUGUUACAUCUGGGAUACAGUCUAACUCAUCUGAUUUAAUAUGCAUUUAAAAAAAUGCCAUAACUAUUAAACACCUUGUUUACAGACAGAUGAAAUAAAUUUAUUCCAACCAAAUA